UCAAUGUAUUACAUGGACAAAUGUAUUUAAUUGAUGAUUGUGACUUGAAUGUAUUAAGGUUGUAGGAAGCCUGUAUUGAGUUAAUUUAGUUUAGUGAGGUUUUCUUUGACCGUCAGUUCAUGAUGUGUUACGUCAGGUUAUGUUCUAUUACUGUUAAAUCAACAGAUCGUCAUUCACAACCUGGGACAUCAAGGGAAUACUUCUAUGAGUUGUUGAUCCUGUUGUGGAUUAAGUAUUUCUAUUUCUUUUCCUAAAGAAGCUUGGACACAUGUGGAUAGAAACGACUUUCAAAGGUUUGAAUCUAUGACGUCUGGCUCUUCAUCCAAGAUGAAAGCACUAAGAAUGACCUUCCUCCUCCUCUUUAUUCCUGCCAUGGUCUUAAUUUUCAUCCUCGCCGGACUAACAUCCAGGGCAGACAGGCACAUCUCAACCAUGGGUAGGCCUCCAAAAAAUUCAGACAUUCAGAUCUCUGAGCAGACCUUCACCCGCCUCAACAACACCAAACAUCUACUGGUGUCAGCCUUCAUGGACCAGAGGAGGAAGGGCUUGGAUAUACGCAUCAUUGGCAUAUUUAAAAGAGACUCCAUCAACCCCCUGAACUGUUAUUUCUGGUGCGAUGGUCACAUGUCAGUCCCGACUCCAUCAGAGAUUAUGGUGCACUCAGACCACUUUGGUUUUCCCUACGUCACUACAGAUGUCAUGUGUCCAAUUCCUGAAAACUGCUCUGCUACACACGUUACUCUUGUGACUCGGCCAAACAGUGACAUUGAACCCGACCAGCUUUGGUUACCCAUAAGAAACAAAGAGAUGAAAGACAAUGUGUAUAACACAUUUCAGUUUGAUUUCACAGUCUGCAUCUCCAACAUGUUUGGAGACUACAACAAUGUGCUUCAGGUCGCCCAGACCCUGGAGAUGUACAGGUUGCUUUCUGUGGACAGGGUGGUGAUCUAUAACACCAGUUGUGGCCCAGAACUCGACCGCCUCUUGCAGGCCUACAUCCAGGAGGGCUUCGUGGAGGUGGUUCCAUGGCCCAUUGACCAAUAUUUGAGUCCUUCUAAGGGCUGGUUGUUCUCAGAGCAUGGAGGCGAACUGCACUAUUAUGGCCAGCUGACCUCACUUAACGAGUGCAUUUACAGAUCCAUGGCCCGAUCACGCUACGUCCUGCUGAACGACAUGGACGAGAUUGUUAUGCCGUACCAGCACACCAACCUGACGUCCCUGAUGGACAUGCUCCAACAGCAGCACCCAAAUACGGGUGUGUUCCUCAUUGAGAACCAUAUCUUCCCUAAAAAACACUUUGAACCAAGUAAAAGGUUCCACCUGCCGCAAUGGAACGGGGUGCCGGGAGUUAACCUUCUGGAACACAUUUAUAGCGAGGAGCCAGACAGAAAGGUGUACCACCCACACAAGAUAAUAAUUCAACCAAGGAUGGUGGAGCAAACUUCAGUGCAUGAGGUGCUCAAGAAGUUUGGACAGGAUUUCAAAGUACCACCACAAGUUUGCCGGCUCAUCCACGUCCGUGUGCCACUGCAGGGGGCGCUAACUAUAGAUCAGCUCCAUGUGGACAAACGGCUGUGGGACUUCCACGAAAGGCUGAUUCCCAACGUGGACAUGGUGCUGAGGAGAGCGGGACUGCUGAACAGAGGGGCAGAGUUGAUGGACGAGUGA